AUGCCCGCAAGCAAGCCGUCGGAGAAACAGACGUCUGACAAGGCCUCGAAGAAGGCACCGCUGCCGCCGCUGAAAGUGAGUGGCUGCUCUGAUGUGACGAUCAGCGGCAUCAUUGCGGGUGAGUAUGUGCCAGAUUCCACGAAUCAUGGCAAAGUGGUGUACAAGAAGAAGGAAAAGUCACAGGGGAUAGAUGUGCUGAUCUACUUCUGGGAUGAGCGGGACGGCCCCGAACUCUGUGGCUGGUGGUUCGGCCCCAAGGUGGGUGGCGACCAAGUCUGGGCUUACCACCCCAGCUGCACAGCGGGUACGCCCCCGGCCUCCCAGUGGAACGUGCCGCACGACGGCCCGAUUGACCAGGCUUUCAAGAUCUCUGCGAUUCGAGCUGCGCGGGAGGGCAGCAGCAAGCGCGCGUCCAGUGAAAAGCCUGCACCGGAAGUUGCACCAAAGAAACAGCGCACAGCCGAGGUGCAGAAGAAAGAGAAGGUUGAGAAGAGCACGGCGCGCAAAGCCAGCCAGUCCAAGAGCAAGAAGCAGGUAACCGACACCUGGCUCGUCCGGACCGCCGGACUUGGCGGACGCUUCCCUGGAUUGUCCGUGGCAGUGGCUUUCGGCUACAAAGGAGCGUGCCGAACCUCGGUCACAAUGGGUAAGUCUCGGCCGAACUUCUACGCGGUCGCGCACGGUCGCAGCCCGGGCAUCUACCGCACCUGGGAGGAGUGCCAGAAGCAGGUUCACGGCUUCCCGUCCGCGCGCUUCAAAGGAUUCCGAACCCAGCUGGAAGCUGAAGCCUUCGUGCGCGCGCCAUCGCCGCCACGUGCCAAGAACAAGACGGCUGCUGGCACCUCGCCACAGCGCGAGGUGCCCAAGCCCGACCCCACUCUGGAAGCAAGUCUCCGUGACGUCCUGCGUGAGGAGCAGAUGGCAGUUGCCAAAGAGGUGCUUGCCGGCCGGAAUGUGUUCAUUACAGGCCUCCCGGGCUGUGGCAAAUCCUUCCUGCUGCAGAAGCUGAUCGAGAUUUUGCGAUUGCGCGAGGGCUACGAUGCGGUUGCCGUUUGUGCUUCGACCGGUGUGGCUGGCAUCCACAUUGGGGGCGCCACGCUUCACUCCUACCUGGGCUGCGGCAAGGCGGAAACGGAGGAGGACUGGGCGAAGGCCUCCCGCAGCCAGAAGGCCAAGAAGCGCAUCCGGGACACCAAGGUCCUGCUGAUUGACGAAGUUAGCAUGCUUUCAGGCGAAUUUCUGGACAAAGCCGGGGAACUGAUCGCUCGAAUUCUUGCUUCUGAGAAGCCCUUCGGAGGCAUGCAGGUGGUUCUCUGCGGGGAUUUCCUGCAGCUCCCACCGAUCAAGGCAAACUUCAUGGCCUUCCAGUCCAAAAUCUGGCAGGCCUUGAACCUGCAACACAUCGUUCUGAAGCACAACUUCCGGCAAUCAAGUGAUCAGGAGUUCCAGUCGCUGCUAGGGCAGCUGCGUUUGGGCAUCCUGGACAAGUCGAAGCUGGCCGCCACGCUGAGCACCGAAGCCGGUGAGGUUUAUCCGAAAAUCGUCAGCAGCAACGACGAAGCGCUGGAGAUCAACUCAAGGAACCUCGGCAUGCUGCCGGAUAAGGUCAGGACUUUUGCCUCGCGGGACCAGGCGGACAAACUCCAUGACCCUGCGGUGGUGAACGCGCUGGAGAAUCUGCUUGUGGAGAAAACGCUGGAACUAAAGGUAGGCUGCGUCGUUAUGCUGCUGCAAAACCUUCGCUUACCAAGCGACUGCAAACCCAUGGUCCCCAGCAGCCCCAGCACUCGCAAAGGACGAAAGCGCUCUUUGGACCUCGACAUCGGAUGUGACCUUAGAUUCAUGGACCUCCCCUCCGAAUACCAGGGGCGGCAAACCCCAUUGGUCAACGGCAGCAUCGGCGUGGUGGUCGGCUUUGAACCUUCGCCGGAGCACGGAAUGGAGUGCCCGCUUGUGGAGUUUUCGCGGGGGUACCGCAGGCUCAUUGUGCCUUCGGAAUUCUCCGGCGAGCUCGGCCACCUCGGAAAGUACCGCCGCAUGCAGAUUCCGCUCAAGCUGGCCUGGGCUCUCACGGUGCACAAGACGCAGGGCUUGACCUUGCAGACGGGGGAGCUGGACCUGUCGAGGGCUUUCGAGACUGCGCAGGUGUAUGUGGCACUCUCCAGGUUCCAGACGCUCGCAGGGGUGAAAAUCUCGGGAAUGCCGAAGUGCAUCCCCAGCCCAUCGCUGCAGCGCAUGCAAGCUCUGAAAUUCCAUGCGUCCCUGGAGCCCUUAGGAGAAAGGCUUUGA